AUGACUGCCCACAAGUCUUGGACGGUCCACGUUCAAAACCACCCCGGAUCGACCAAAGAGGAGAUUGCCAACGAACCUAACUGGGGUGCCGGGCACCAACACCGUGUCGGUUUCCGCAACAAGGGGAAUCGAGUCCCGGGACUUGCGCACGAUGGGGAUUACUCCGAAGAAGUUAGAAACGCACGCGUGCUGAGAAAAGAGCUGCGGGACGAGGAAACCUGUGGUCAGUUAGUCAAUUUUCGUGAUAUAAUUGAGCACGAGCCGGAUUUGCAUCUCCGGUAUCCCGAGAACAGGUCGUUGGGCUGGCGAUAUGUCAUCGACACCACCGAGGAUUGGGUAAAAAACAAGCAGAAAUGGCCGGCGAACAUUGAACGCGAGAAGAAGCAAGAGAGGGAAAGGGUAGAAAAGGAAUCGAAGCAAGAACACGAAUGGCGCCGCGAUUCAGACAACGUCAAGCACCACGACGCGUACGCCACAGGGGAGGUGGAAGAAAAGGAGGUUAAUGACGAAAAAAGGGCAAACGGCGAGCGAAAUGGGGACGCCGAGAAAGAAUCUGAAGUACAACGUUUAGAGCGGCUGUACUCUCCCCAAGAACUUACACUCUUGCGUGGUCUCCAGCAUGAAAGAAAGUACAUGUCAAAUCUGAAAGAAAACGACGGCAAGGGCACAUCGCCCCAGCGCCACAAUCGAACGCAAAUCUCGAUAGACGAGCAGGAUCAGUUCAGCCCGGACAACUGGAUCCCUCGAUCUGCGCAUCUCACGCGCAUCACCGGAAAGCACCCUCUGAAUGCCGAACCAAAGCUCGACGACCUAUACGCCGGCGGGCUCAUCACACCAAACGAACUUCACUAUGUCCGCAAUCACGGCGCUGUGCCGCGACUCCUCUGGGAGUCUCACGAGUUGGAGGUCGAGUACAGCGGCCAAAAACACACCUUUACCAUGCCGCAUCUAGAGAGCUUCGAGGCCGUCAAUAUCCCCGUCGCGCUUGCGUGCGACGGCAAUCGCCGCAAGGAGCUCAACAUGAUCAAGCGGAGCAAAGGCUUCGGCUGGGGGCCCGGCGCCAUCAGCUGCGCCUACUGGAAGGGGCCCCUGCUGCGGGACGUCCUGCUCGACGCCCGCGUCCCGGAGGUGCUGCCGGGCAUGAGGACCAAGCGAUACUGGGUCAACUUUGAGGGCGCCGACGAGCUGAGCGACGGUGCGUACGCGACGUGCCUCCCGUUUGAGUAUGUCAUGGAUCCGCACAACGACGUACUCCUCGCCCACAAGAUGAACGACCUCCCGCUGCCGCCGGACCACGGGUACCCGGUGCGUCUGAUUGUGCCGGGCUACGUCGGCGGCAGGAACGUCAAGUGGCUGCGGCGGAUCUGGAUCAGCGAGGAAGAAAACGACUCGCACUACCACAUCUGGGACAACCGCGUCCUGCCGGCCUUUGUCACGGAGAUGGACGGUCCCUUUGCCGACACGCUGUUCCGCCACCCCGACACGGCCUGCAACGAGCAGAACCUCAACUCUGUCAUCGUCAAGCCCGCCCAGGGCGAGACCAUGUCGCUGGCCAAAAUGUCCCGCGGUGGGAGCUAUCGCGUGCAGGGGUUUGCCUACGACGGGGGCGGCCACCAGGUACAGCGCGUCGAGGUUUCGCUCGACGACGGCAGGACUUGGCUCUACUGCAUCCGGACGUUCCCCGAGGCGCCAAUUCGCCAUGGCAACAAGUACUGGGCGUGGAUUCACUGGCACGUCGACAUCAAGCUGCAGCAUCUCCUGAGGGCAAGCAGCAUCACGGUGCGGUGCUUCAACGUGUUUAAGAAUACGCAGCCCAAAGACUACAACUGGAACAUCAUGGGCAUGAUGAACAAUGCUUGGUAUUCUGUCAGGCCAGAGGUUGCGCAGGACGAAAAGUCGGGAGAGGCGCAGAUCUUGUUCCGCCAUCCUGUUGAGCCGGGUCAGGGCACGGGGGGCUGGAUGAAGCCGAGCGUGGAGAAUCAGAUUGCAGAGGCGAAGCAGGAGGCAGGGGCGCCGACAAAGGAAUUUACCAGAGAAGAGAUUGAGAAACACGCUACGCAGGACGAUUGCUGGAUUGUGGUGGACGGUAAAGUAUAUGAUGCGACGAGCGUGCUGGAGUGGCAUCCGGGCGGAGCGGCUGCGAUCCUGUCUCAUGCUGGUGCCGUGCAUCAGGAGACGACGGACGAGUUUGGCUCCAUUCACGACGACUACGCAUAUGAGAAGCUCAAGGAGUGCGCAUUGGGUGUCCUCACGGAAAAGGCUGCCAAUUACGUCAAGAAGAAUACCGAGGCGGCGGCCAAGGACAAGGCCGAGACGUCACAGGCCAAGGACAAAGUCGCGCUGCAGAGCCACCGAUGGAUCCCUGUGACGCUGGCCGAGCGCAAGGAUAUAUCCAAAGACUCGAGGACCUACACCUUUCAGCUGCCCAAGGGCCAGCCCAUGCUGGGCCUGGGCACCUGCCAGCACAUUCUGCUAGGAUGCCACUUCAAAGACCGCAUGCUGAUACGCAGCUACACGCCCACCCGACCACUAUGCCCGCCUAGCGACGACGGCAGGCGUCUCACCAACGCCGCGGGCAAGGCACUCGAAGACGGCAGCGGCACCUUUGACCUCACCGUCAAGACGUACUUGCCCGACAAGCGGCAGCCCGGCGGCGCCAUGUCCACCAUUCUCGACUGCAUCCCGCUCGGCGAGGAGGUCGAGGUCCGGGGGCCGACCGGCGACAUCAUCUACCACGCCGGCGGCGUCUUCACCAUCGAGGGCCAGCGGCGCACUUUUAAGCGCGUGUCGCUCGUGCUCGGCGGGUCGGGCAUCACGCCCGGCUACGCGCUCAUCGCGCGCAUCGCCAUGGCGGCCGACGACAAGACGGAGAUUCGCGUCAUUGACGCGAACAAGACGGAAAAGGACAUACUGAUGCGCGGCGAGCUGGACGAGUUUGAGAACAAGCUACAGGGGCAGCUGAAGAUGGCGCAUGUGCUGAGCCAUGCCGGUGAGGAGUGGGAUGGGCUGAGGGGCCAUGUGGACGAGGAGAUGAUCAGGGAGACUCUGUUUCCGCCCGAGGAGGACUCCGUGGUUUUCUUGUGUGGGCCGCCGGCGAUGAUUCAAAAGGCAGCUCUGCCGGCGCUGAAAUCGUGGGGUUAUGUCGAGGAUGACAACAUGUUUGGAUUUUAA